UUAAAGGAAGAUACAGAAGAGACGUAAAGGGAAUGACAGAAGGAAAUAUCAAAAACAAGAAAACAGUGCUUAUUUCCCCUUCUCAGUGAUCAAAAACUUAUAACAAGCAAAUUCACAGCAGUUCUGUAGUGAUAACCCAAUCAAAACUGUGAUGCUAAAGCUUCACAAGAGUCAUCGUCAUAUGCUUGUAACUGGACUGGCUAUACGUGGGAGUUAAUGCUCAUCAUCACUUUAAUCAAAAGUAAAUAACCGGAAAUUUAAAAACAUUAGCCAGCCACUAGCAAAUAUGGCGGACAAUGUGAGCUCCAAAAUUGACACCCCAACCAAUAUCUCUCUAAGUCCCAGUGAUGCUGUCUCUGAGUCGUUGGAGUACAAGACGGUGUCAGUGUUCCUGGUCAUGCUGGUGUGUAGUGUGGGGAUCGUGGGGAACAUCAUGGUGGUCAUUGUGGUCCUCACCACACGCCACAUGAGAACACCCACCAACUGUUACCUAGUCAGCCUGGCCAUAGCCGACCUGACGGUGCUGAUAGCGGCGGGGCUGCCCAAUGUGUCGGACAGUCUGACAGGCACAUGGAUUUUUGGCCACACUGGCUGUCUUGGGAUCACCUACCUUCAGUAUCUGGGCAUCAACGUGUCCUCCUGCUCCAUCACUGCCUUCACUGUAGAGAGGUACCUAGCUAUCUGCCAUCCAAUGAAGGCUCAGACAGUGUGCACAGUGUCCCGGGCCAAGCGGAUCAUUGCGGUUGUUUGGAUCUUCACCUGUGUCUAUUGCAUACUGUGGUUUUUCCUGGUGGACAUUCAGGUCAGCCAGGAUGGACAUGUGCAGUGUGGCUACAAAGUGAAACGAGAGCUCUACCUACCCAUCUACCUCAUUGACUUUGCCAUUUUCUACGUCAUCCCACUGCUCCUCGCCAUUGUGCUGUAUGGCUUGAUAGCACGGAUCCUCUAUAUCAGCCCUCUGCCCAACCAUCCUGACACCAGUACCACCACACUGCGUCGGAGCUGCCGGGAAGCCUCUGAAGUGGGGAAGGGGAUUCACCAGGGCCGGCAAAAGAGUGUGCUCUCCUCUAGGAAACAGGUUUCUGCCACAUCCCACAUUUAA